CAGCUAGUAGCAAUAUUAAGCAAAAAUUUCUUAGAAUUAUAUUUGCAAGAAAUCAUCCAAGAGAAAAUGAUACUGAACUAGAUUUUCCAGUCUUUAAAAAGGUUCGCACUAAUGAACCUCAAGAAUUAUAUAAUUAG